AACUAAAUUUAUUUUCUAUAUUUUUUCCAGAAUAAUGUUAGGGUUAGGGACGCUGAGACGGGUCAGCUUAAACCUGGGCAGACUUGAGCGCUGUGAAGCGCAAAGAUUGAAGUAUACUGCUCCUAAAUAUGAAGAAAUUAUUACAAAAAAUAGAUUAACUAACAUGCAGAAAACGUUUAAAAGCAGAGACAAAAUAAAUGCACAUGUUGACCUGUUGAAGCUAAAGAAUAAAGAAAAGCUGGAGGAGAAAAAUGUUUUCGGAACGGAGUUGUUUAAUGACUUUACAACCCUGGAGGCACAAAUGCAGUCCCUAAAAUCCAAAGGGUUUCUAAGAGCAUAUAAAUCCUACACCCCGCCCUCUAACCUGAAGGAACUGUUCUUGUCGACGUGUAGUUCAAGUUUAGGCCGCCAGGUGGCAGAAAGCUCGCUAUCUACCGAUAAACUUGAUAAUGUUGAAGUCAAGUUUAAAGUUCUUAACGCGCUCUCACAUGCUUUUAAUCAUAGUGUUCACAAUUCACGGCUCACGGAGAUUAAAACUCUAGCAGAUGCACUUCUUUAUUACCAGUCCGAGGUGAACUCUAAGAACCCAUACGAGAUGUUGCACCAGGAGUCGGAGAAGGGUCUGCUCCCUCCCAACCUUCAUGUACAGCUUCAUCCUGUCAGGUUUACAGGGAAGGGAGAUCAUGUUCUAGAUCAGGUGACAGCAUUCCCGAGGACGAGUACUAUUGUUUCCGGUCUACAGACUAAAGAUAAAAUUCCUUCCCUGGAGUCAGAGUUUGAUCCCUACGAGGAUUUGGAUUAUAAAUAAUGAUCCGGAUAUUUCAGA